UAGCUCACCCUCGAAUGAUUGUGGCUUAUCUGAAAAAACGUAGGCAAGAAGAAAAAGCUAAUUUCAAGAAAAAACGAGCAUAAGGAUGGUCAACAGUGCUUUUACCCUUCAGGUUCUUCCACUGGUCAUUCUCCUAGGGAACACACAUUUGUGCGCUUCCCAUUUCUCUUUCCUGGCUGACCUGCUGCGCGAUGAGGCUGAUGAGUACGAGUACUACGAUGAGUACACGCAGCCAGAGCAGGAGCCCUUCCUCCAGCAGCAGUUCUCAGAAGACCCUGACUGGUUUGAGUCAUUUUUUGGCUACAGUGAUACUAAAAAAGACCCGUGCUCCUCCAACCCCUGCAAGAACAACGGUGAGUGUGAGAACAGAGGAAGCCGCUUCAGCUGCCUCUGCCCAGAGCCAUAUGCUGGGACUACAUGUGAGAAAGUGAAGAACAUGUGUUUGGAGAAGAGGUGCCACAGGGGAGACUGCCUGAUUACAUUAACCCCACCUUAUUUUCAGUGCAGCUGCAACCACCCCUACAACUCACCGGACUGCCGACAAGCAUCUUCACCGUGCAGGCCAAAUCCUUGCAAAAACGGAGGUACCUGCAUUCGGCACAGAAUCAGAUCAAAAUUCACCUGCGAGUGCCCUGAACCUUUCCGAGGGAGAUUCUGUGAGAUCGGACCGGAUGACUGUUAUGGAGAGGCCUCCUCUGAGUACAGAGGAAAAGUGAACCAAGCAGCGAAUGGCAAGACCUGCCUGCACUGGAAUUCCCAUCUUCUCUUGGACUACACUAUUAAUGCCUUUAUGGAGGACGCCGACGCUUAUGGCAUCGGUGAACAUAACUUCUGCAGGAGUCCCGAUGAGGAUGAAAAACCCUGGUGCUACAUCAGAAACAACCACAAAGUAGAAUGGGACUUCUGUGACAUUUCACCCUGCUCAGGAACAGCUGAAGAGAGCCCAUGGCCAACAGACAGCCCAACAGACCCACCUGGAUCAAAUGAAAUGUUCAAAAUAUGCGGACAACCAGAAAUUCAAAGAACUGUCAAGAGAAUCUAUGGUGGAGCUAAGACUACAGCUGGCAAACAUCCCUGGAUGGCAUCUCUGCAGAUGAAGACUUCAAAAAGGAACAGACAUUUCUGUGGUGGAGUGCUGAUUAAACCGUGCUGGGUCCUGACUGCUGGGCACUGCAUUGAACAACCAGCAGAAAAUCUCCAAGUAGUCCUUGGAAAGCAAAACCUCAAGAAGAGAGAGCAUCAAGAGCAAAUAUUUGAUGUGGAGAAGAUCAUUGUACAUUCCAAAUACAAAGAGAAGGAUGGUAUCCCACACAAUGAUAUCGCACUACUUAAACUGAAGCCAGUUGAUGGUCACUGUGCAGUGGAAACAAAGUAUGUGAAAACAGUGUGCCUGCCUGACUUCUUCUUUCCUGCUGGGACUGACUGCUUCAUUUCUGGAUGGGGUGCAACCGAGACAGAUGAAGUAUCCCGUCAGCUGUUAGAUGCCAAUGUCAAGCUGAUUUCACAGAGGAAAUGCAAUUCACCCACAGCAUAUGAUCACGUGCUGGAUGAAAGCAUGUUUUGUGCAGGAAAUCUUCAGAGACCCAGAGCUGAUUCUUGUCAGGGAGACUCCGGAGGCCCACUAACUUGCAUAGAAAAUGGCUCCUACUAUGUAUAUGGCCUUGUCAGCUGGGGUGAUGGAUGUGGGUUAAAAAACAAGCCAGGAGUUUAUACCCAGGUGACAACAUUUCUCAGUUGGAUUAAAUCCAAAAUUCGGUCUGAGUCAAGGUCACCUCAUUAGCAGACAGCUUUGGAAUAACAAAUGAAUUUCUGAAGCAUCAGGGUUGACUGUGACCUGCCGAGAUCCUUCUGCCUCCAAUUGGUCCUGUAAAAUCAAACCCAACCCAUGUAAAUUAUGAGGACAUCCAGUGGACAGAAGAAGGUUUUAACUAUUCUAUAAAAAAUACUUACAUAUUAAAAAUUAUCACAACUGGCAAACAAAUGAGCAAAAUCUAAAUCACUGUCCUGCACUGAGCGAACCUCUGAGGUGGAAAAGUGUAAAAAAUGGAGCCGUUCACAUAGGUUAGGUACCAUACAUAUCAAAGGACUGAAUGUGUUCACAUCCUAAUUCCUAAUUUGAGCCCUAAAUAAAAAGCAAGCCAGCAAAUACCCAAAUUCCAGGUGGAUUGCACACCUGCAGCUUGCCCUUGGACAAUCAGAUCAUUAUCAUACCUAGAGCUUAAGAAGACAGUGCCUGCAGUCCCCACUGCCUGCAUUACUCAACCAUAGUUAUAAUUUAUUUCCAGAGUAACUUUUCAGAUGCGAACAUAAACCAUGGAUAUGUCCUGUUUCUCUUGGGCUGGAUUAUUGUUUGACUUGUUGCCAAAGUUAAAACUUAAAUGAAACAAGCAUUUCAAGUGCAGAGCUUCUCUUCUAUUGUAACUUAACGCUUCUUAACUGUAGAGGCCACAAGGCAUGGACUUCUGCUCUCUUGUGCUGGGACACUGCGAACUGGGAGUCAUCCCUGUCGAGGUAAGGAGAAGAAAAACCUGGAAGAUCCCAGCUUGUAAUUUCUUGUAUCUUGAGCUGGACAGAGAUGGAGGAGGCUGGAUCAUUCCCCCUGUGCAAAAAGCCUCCCACAGCACACAUUAGGCUGUUAGAAGUCUACAUCAAGCCUGUCAAUACAGCUGCGAGUGGAGGUUACAGGGCAACACAUGAUUACAUGGCAGCACACGGUGUCUCAGUGGAAUUAGGAAAAGAGAAUGGCAGUUGUACAAGGAGUCCCUUCCACCUCUGCUUCUGCUUUCCAUGGACGUACCGGGACACCUAUUGAUCUGACAACAUUCAAGAGUUAAGUGAAACACAUCCCACAGUAUAAGUAAAUCCUAUUCCAUGGCACUUCCUAGUCCCUACAGGAAUUCGUCAGCAAUGACAGUGAUGAAUUCUCUUGAAUUCCUUCAAAUUAAGGUUUACACAAAGCAACAAAGCUUCGUGAAGGAAGUAUGCAUAUUCUGUUCAAAUAAUGAGAAGAACUGUAGACUCCAGGGAGCAUUCAAAAGCAUUCUAUGGGAUGUGUGCCUGCCUGCCUUCUAGAGAGCAGAGCUGCUGGGAUCUGUGAGAGUAGUUUACUCUACUUACAACUCCAGGUCCAUACUGAGCAGACUGCAAUCCCAUUUCCCGAAUGUACGCCAGCUCAGCAGCUCUUCUUGCCAUUUCGACUUUGUGAGAACCUGGGGGAGUCCAGCCAAUGCCUCUGAGCCAGUUCAAGUCAGACUUGUACUUUACCUGAGAGAACGAAACAUACAUCAGGGUGUCUUAUUCUGUUUGUCUCCAAUCAAACCACAUGCCCUGGGUAUUCAAGACAGAGCAUAUAAAGAGCAACAGAGUCAAUAAUAAACACAUUAUUCCUUUUCAGCAAA